AUGCCCCACUCCCCCGAACCCACAAACACGCCCCCUCCCGCACAACCCACCACCACCACCCCCUCACCCGCACAAACCACAGCAUCGUCACGCCUCGCCUCCAUCACCACACACAUCAUGAGCACCCCCACCCCCGCGCCCAAACCCGCCGUAACCUGCCACGUCCUCAACACCGCCACGGGCAAGCCCGCACCAGGCAUCCCCUGCACGCUCUCACGCUUCCUGAAGCUCGACGACGGCACGCCCUCGUCGUCGUCGUUCGAGGUUGCGCGCGCGCUCACAAACGACGACGGCCGUGUGGCGCAGUGGGAGACGCGGCAGAAGGGCGCCGCGGGGAGACUAGUCGUUGAGGAGGGGUUUACGUACAAGAUACGUUUUGAGACGUGGGAGUAUUUUGGCGGCGAGACGUUUUUCCCGUAUGUGGAGGUGGUGUUUACGGUGAAGGAUGCGGCGCAGCAUUAUCAUAUUCCGUUGCUGCUGGCGCCGUAUAGUUAUACGACUUAUCGGGGGUCGUAG